AUAGAAUUUUUUUAUUGUAGUGCUUGUCAAGAAUAAGAAAAGGCAUAAUGAAAGUGUCCAUUGUUUUUGCUUGUCUUAUUGUGGCAAUCGCUGCUGAAUUAAAUGAUUACGACCACUGGGUUUCUUUCAAGGCUAAACAUUCAAAGCAAUAUAAAAUCACAGAAGAUAAACUAAGAUUCCAAAUUUUCCAAGACAACCUUCGGGAAAUCGAAGAACACAAUGCAAGAUACGCCAAAGGAGAGGUAGGAUGGUUCAAGGGUGUCACUCCAUUCGCCGAUUGGACCAAAGAAGAAUUCAAGGAACUAUUAACACGUCAAGCUGCUUCCAGACCUAAGCUUAACGAGAGUUUGGGGGUUUACGUCGCCGAUCCAAAUGUUAAGUUAGCGUCUUCUGUUGAUUGGAGAAGCCAAGGUGCAGUAUUGCCUGUAAGAGACCAGGCUAGCUGUGGAUCAUGCUGGGCAUUCAGUACCGCUGCUGCUUUGGAGGGACAACUAGCAAUUCACAAAAACCAAAAAGUUCCUUUGAGUCCACAGAAUCUCGUGGAUUGCUCUACGGAUAAUUACGGUUGUAGUGGUGGAGACCAAGUAUUGGGUUUUAAAUUUAUUAAAAAAAACGGAAUUAGCUCUGAUGCUGAUUACCCCUACGUAGGAGUUGACCAGAGAUGUCAAAAGAAUGUUCACAAAACUGUUGAUACUAUCUCCGGAUACAAACAUCUAAAUGCAAAGGAAAGCGAUUUGAUUUCUGCUAUUGCUUCUGUGGGACCAAUCUCUGUCUCUGCCGAUGCAACUAUUUGGUCAUUAUAUGCAGGUGGUCUUUUCGAUGAAAGGGAUUGUGGAACCAAUAUCAAUCAUGCCAUACUUGCUGCAGGUUACACCGAUGAGUACAUUUUGAUCAAAAAUUCUUGGGGUGAAGACUGGGGAGAACAGGGAUAUAUGAAGCUCGCCAGAGGACACAAUCUUUGCCAAAUUAACAACGACAAUUCUUACCCUAUUUUGUAAAUUUCAAAUCUUUUUUUAUCGUGUAAAUGUGACCGGGAAGAUACCAAUUUAGAUAAAAUUUAAUAAAAAUUUCAAAAUCU